GGCAUCAAGUUUCAAACAAUUCCUCCUUAUUCUCCUCACUUUGGGGGAUUAUGGGAAGCGGCUGUUAAGUCUGUUAAGUACCAUCUCAAACGUGUCCUAAGUCUCACACAUUUGACCUUCGAGGAAAUGUCGACUUGUCUCGCCCAAAUAGAAUCCAUACUAAAUUCUCGUCCUCUAACCUCCUUGUCCACAGACCCCUCCGAUCUUUCAUGUCUCACUCCUGCUCACUUCCUAAUUGGGCGCUCACUCGUGACCAUACCGCGUCCUUCAAUUGACCAAGAGAACAUAAAUUGCCUCGAGCGAUAUCAAAGAGUGCAGAAGCUAAAGGAACAUUUCUGGAAUCGGUUUUCACUCGAUUAUGUUCACCUCCUGCAGCAACGCAUCAAGUGGCGUUCACCUUCUACAGACUUGCCUCUUGACACCCUUGUGCUGGUGCGCGAGAAAAACCAGCCGCCUCUACUCUGGUGUCUAGGUCGAGUUGUCGGAGUACAUCCAGGACAUGACGGCGUCACUCGAGUGGCAGAUAUCAAGACCAGAAAGGGGGUUAUCCGGAGAGCUUUAAAUAACAUUUGUCCUUUGCCAUCAGUAUGCUCUCCGUAAUAAGCGUCACUUCAAGAAACACAUCUCUAACCGCAAUAGCAGGAUCUUGGUGAAGACUACAACAUCUGCAGCUUCCGAUCCCGAUCGUCAGCCUGGCCCCGGCAGUAUGUUCAGUGCUCCCGCACCUCAGCGGGGAAGCCGCGCGGAGGGGACCCUUUCAGAACUCGUCCGUCCCCCGCGUGCCCUCACCACCGCUUCGGCCAGUUGCGCUCCACGCCAUAAUCCAACAACACGUCAUCUAUUUAUCUUUUGUAUCUUUCUUACAAUAAACUGUUCAACUGCAA